AGAGAAUGCCAGCAAAGCAACUCCAGUUACAGUUCCGACACGGAACCGAGAGCAGUAUAGCGACUCCUUUAAGAAGCCGCUUUAAUAAACAAUGAACAUCUCAUAUUGACAGCAUGACAUCACCGCUGUUUUUCCCAGACAGAGGCAACAUGCACGGAGGAUGUUGGUACCAUAUUGUCCGAGGAAGAGGAUGCACAAUCCGCCAAAUGGUCUGAUAUCGAUAGACUCGUUUAAACGCGAAGCUUUUGAGAUGCGGCGUCGUUGAACGGUUUGAUAUUUCCUGCGCGGAGCAUUUAUAAACGCGUGUCGCUGUUGAAAAGGAUCAUUUGGCAGGGGAUUUCAGCAUAUAGCGUAUAAUACAGUCACUGCUAACGCAAAAUGGUCUGGCGAUGCAUUAUUGGAGUGGAGUGAACCCGUUUUGUCAGUUUUAAUUGGGGCUUAGUUCGUGUGAACGAGGACCUGACUGAAUCGUCUUGUCUGGUUUCAUCACUGUUAUUGGAUGGGAAGGGCUACGGAUGGACCUUAAAUAAGGCUUAUAUUUUCUGUCGGGCUUCAGCUCGAGGUCUUCAGUAGAAACAGAUUCCACUGCACCGACUGAUAUCAGUUCUCUCAGUCCGCGUGCCCGGCGGGAUGCGGGUGCACGUCGAGGAGCUGUCCAAGCUGUUGUGGUGCUGACGCGGCUCUGAGCGAACGCGAGCAUGGCUGCUGGGAAGUUGCUGCUCUACGCCGGUCUGUCUCUGUCCCUCUGCGCGCUCGGGAUGCUGGCAGUGGCUAUCUGCUCCGACCACUGGUACGAGACGGACGCCCGGAGGUACCGAGAGAGGUGCCGAAGUUUCUCCAGCCGCCGGAAGGACCCGGGCUUUAUUUACAUCCCCAACAACAGCCUCCCUCUGCGGGCGAGCCGCUCGCGCCUGGACCACUGGGAGGAGAAGCUGCUGCUGGCGCGGAACAGACGGCAGCUGUUCGCCAUGAGCGCCGCCGAUGAGUGCAGCAGGCAGUAUAACUCCACCAACAUGGGGCUGUGGAGCAAAUGCCAUCGACUUGGAUUUGAUCAAGAUGUCGAGGACUUUAUUCGAAAAGGGUCCAUUGCCAGAUGCUCCUAUAUCAAGUAUCACUACUCCUCAGCCACAAUACCCAAGAAUCUCUCUUACAACAUCACCAAGACCAUACGUCAGGAUGAAUGGCACUCUCUACAUCUGCGGAGGAUGACGGCAGGAUUCAUGGGAAUGGCGGUGGCCAUCAUCCUCUUCGGCUGGAUCAUCGGGAUGCUGGGAUGCUGUUGGGACCGUGGCCUCAUGCAGUAUGUGGCAGGCCUGCUCUUCCUCAUGGGCGGCACAUUUUGCAUCAUUUCCUUGUGUACCUGUGUAGCAGGCAUCAACUUCGAGCUGUCCCGUUACCCUCGUUACAUAUACGGCCUGCCAGACGACAUCAGUCACGGUUACGGUUGGUCAAUGUUCUGCGCCUGGGGUGGUUUGGGCCUGUCUCUCAUCGCUGGCUUCUUCUGCACACUGGCGCCCUCCAUACAGCCGAUCCCUCGCUCCACGUGCCCCAAAUCUCGCCAAGAAAACGGCACCGUGUGUUAAGAGACAGCCUCUGAAAAAUCCCCUGGUGUGCAGAUGGACAAUUGGGGGACAAAAAACACAUCAAAAAGACCAUAACUUCAUUUAGAAUCAUUUCUAAUCUCACCAAACAGGCCACAAAUGCCAUUUUUUAACCAUGUGUGUGAGUGUCCUGAUCGUUUAAAAGAAAUUAAAAAUACCAUGAAUAAUUGUAAAGAUAAUAUAUCGGUGGGCCUUUCCGUCAUCAAGAUCCUGCACAGAAAAACAAGUUUGUUCUGUCAAUAUUGUGACUAAGUGAGCACAAGAACACGGUGACGAAUGAAGUGAAGUUGAAAAAAAAAAAAAAAAGACAAUAUUGCUUGACGGAUGGAUAUUGACAUGUAGACUGAUGCCUAAAAACUGCCAAACCUGGAGACUAUGGUAUUUGUAUCUGGACGGCACAUGAGCAAGGAGGUCCAGUGCCAAUGUUUCAAGCCCAGGAACUCAGACAAAACAGAACCGUCAGGCUCUUUCACAUGAGAGGACAUUGAAUUUGAUGCGAUUUGGAUCUGUUGUGGUUAAUCGGCUGAUUUGUUUCGGGCCCUGGAGACUAUCGCAGUGCCUCUCGGGAUGUGGUUGAAGGAUCUUUGGACGUUUUCAGGAAUUGGAGAUGCCUGCUCGUGACGUUAUAUUGCUCCCGCUGUACAGCAAAUUGUAAAGAGAAAAAUAAUACUUAUAAUACUCCAGAAAACAAAACAAAAAAAAUCUGAAUGGGAGGGACAUUGGAGGAUUUUCCAUGUUUCAUUUCUUAUUCAUAUCCAAAUGGUAUCAGCGGACAUUUCUAACAUGCUUUCAAUUUUAUUAUGUGCUUCUUUCUCAGUUUUUUUUUUUUUUUGUAGUAAUUACAGUCAUCAUCAGUGUGAAUGAGUAUGUAGGAAGCGUGGGCAAAUGAUGUAUUAUUGAUAUGCGUGGGUGAGUGUUUUUUAGUCUCCAUACAACCUCCCAAUCCCAAUCCCAGCCCAACCCAACCCACAAACAAAAAAUUAUUAAUAAUAACGCAUAAAAUCAACAAAAAAAAAAACCUGCCUUGGGGGAAAUCAGGUAGGCUCUUUUGUUGAAUCAAGAAUUACUGGAAAGGAAAGAUACACUUAGUCCCUGUAGACACGACUGACGUAGUAUUCACAGACAGAAACACAACUCAACAUCACACUGUUACUGCCUUAAGCUUGUCUGCAAGGAGGAAUUUAUGCCAUUUGAUGAGAACGCAUGCUGACUUCUCUUCUGAAAGCAUCUACGCACUGACAAAAGAAAUCCAGCUUCCUGCUCUGUUUCACCCUGCGUCUCUUUACUCGAAGGGGACUCCCAAAACAGGAUGGGGUAUGUAAGGGCUGCCUGAUUACAUGAGAUAGAGAUACAGCGGUGCACAAAAGAGGUACAUCUGAAGAAUCGGGACCUCCAAAUGGAGGAUGAGCGGUAAGCACAAGCUUAAUACAAUCUCUAAGCCAAUAUGCGAUUGGUUCCCUACAGUUUUUUUGCGUUAUUGUGCAUGCAUUCUUGCCAUCAGAAACAUUUUGAUAUCCAUAUCAUAUGCAACGACCACUUGAGCAGGGUGUUAUUAUGGGACAUACGCGCCGAGGGUCAUUGGCGAAUCGGCACACUCAUUCAAACAUGCCAAAUACCUACGCUAGGACAUUAAAGACCAUGUUUACAGAUUACUACAAGGGAGAUUUGCCAAAACCAUCUGCCAGGUCAGACUUUCUUAACCUGGUGUCCCUUUAAAUGUUGGUUUUGUCAAUGUUUCGGAGUUCACCAUCAUAUUCAGAAAGCCUGUUUCAACCAUGGACUCAAAAAAAAAAGAGAUAAUUGUUACUUUUUUUGACUCCCAGAAUUGCAAAUUGUGAGAUAAAUUGUGAGAUAUAAUCUUGUGUAUCAUUUUUCCAUUCAGGCAUAACAGACCAAUGUAAAUUGAUGACUUUCAUUUCACUCACAUGUGUAUUCAUGGUUCUAAAGCUGGUGUGUCCAAUCCUGCAGAGUUUAGCUCUAAACUGCUCCCAAAACCUGCCAAGUUGCUAGUAAUCCUGAACACCUGGAUUAGCUCAGGUGUGUUUAAGUAGGAUUGGAGCUAAACAAGAAUGUUGCUUCCCUCUAAGGGUACGUUUACACGACAGUGAUAUGCUUAAAACGGAGAAGUUUUUCCGCAUUUGACGACACCAUUGUUAAGAUGAUCUUGAAUCCUCGAAAACGACUAAAAACACCUGUAUUCUGCUGCCAGGCCAUUAGAUGGCGAUGCAACACUGCAGACUGAAGACGUAAUACGCAUGUGCAUGACGUCAUCGUCUUCAGAGAUCUGCGUUUUUGUUGUUUACACGGAGACCGUUUUCAAAAAAAGUGCACUUUGAAUCCCUUUAUCAAAAUUUUGCGUUUUCGGGCACCCGAAACGCAAACGAAUGGCCAAAACAUUUUUAGAUAAAUGGUGUCGUGUAAACACCCCCUAAAUCAUAUAUCACCUACUCCUAAAUAGCAAUAGCAAGAGACACAGCAGCAUCAUGGUUCGCAUUGAUCGUCAUACUUCAGUUCCUUUAACAACCAUCAAUUGGUUGCAAAAGAAAACGGCAAGUCGUCAGCCAUUUUGAAAGUGUUUUCAUUACAUCAUUCGUGAUACAGGUUGCCCAGAGAGCUGUGGAAAACGAAAGGCUGCAAGCCAUUUCAUGGGGUCUUUCAACACGAACACGAAAUAUGAGUUCAGCAGUCUUCAUUGAGAGCGUUCACAGGCUUCUGACAUAUGAAUGGGCGCUCUUGGUGAUUUGUGUGGCAGUAUUCAAGUAAAAAGACAUGCUUGCAUGCUGACAAUGCAAUUGGCCAUGAAAUUACAUAACUCCAGAAGACUUCUCCACACAAGCCCAAAGACAAAUCGGCGAAACAAACUCCACAGUGCUUGAUUACAAUAUGCAUGCAAAAGAAAACAUGCAUAAAUACACAAUAACAAUCUGUUUUCAGAGGCAUCUCGCAAUAAGCCCAUCUGGCCUUAUAUAAGAUAGUGUUCCUUGACACACUUAGGAGGAAAAUAUUUAUUUCAGUCCACGGAUUACGCUCCUAGGCGAAGACAUAAAUGGGGUCAGCUGGUUGUACGCAACAUUUCCCUCAAAUAAACCAAAACGCCAUCCUUGCACACGGUCCUGCUUGAGAAAUAAUAUUAAAAAAACAUUUUUCCUCCUUCAACAAAGCAGAGAGGGGUGUUUAAUCGCGGGGUAAAGACACCAAAGAGUCAGAAGCAGAUGCUUGCAUCAGAUGUCAAGAAUAAAUACAUUCAAUGACUGCUUGGUUGGGACCAGCAUUGCAUAAGCUUCGUAUGGAUCAUUGUGAUGCUUAUAGUGAAAUAUUUCAGUCAGUCUUAUAAAAACUUGGGCAAUUAAUAAAAACUGGUCGCUUCGUGGGCAUUGUAAGGACUCUCCCCAAUGAAAGAUCAUAAAGUGUUGGGUAUGUAGGUGAUGAAUGGGCUCAGGAUCACAGAUUCCUGUAUUCAUGAACACACUCCACACAUUAUAUUCACACAAAUGUGUUUACAUCACAGCCAACAGUUGUCAGCCUUUUUUUUUUUUUUUUUUUUGAGUGGGUGGGAUGGGAAAUAGGAGUGGGAAUAUUUUUGUCUUCAAAAUGUAAAAAUAUAAAUGAAAAAAGUAGCAGAAUCAGUGAAACUGCAACUUUUUUAAUGGGACACUGAAGACUAAUGGUUCUUUUUCAUCAGUAAUGUGUCUGUUGAGUACCUGAAAAAAAAAAUACAACUGUAAAAAAUGUUUAAGAAAAAAAAAA